CGAAGAAUGGCUGGAGUUGUCACAUAAGGCUUACAGGCGUUCGUGACGCAGCAAAGAGUCAAUUCGCUGGAGAACCUUCAGGCAGAAGAUGUUCAAGGACAUCAGCAGCACAUCCUGGAGGUCAUGUGUCAUGAAGAUAGGAUAGCACCCCAAGAACAUAUGUAGCCAAGUGAGCACAAGUACAUUGAAAACUAUCAAGUAGAUCAUGCAUCCCCCCACCCACGACCCAUAAUGGGACAUAAUGGGACAAACAUGUUGAGCUGCUUCCACAAACUCUUCACAAGAGAGGAGGUGGCAAGUCUGAUCAUUGCUUCUGGGUGGCGAUUAUGGAUGCCUUUAUGGCUGCGAAGUCCCGGAAAGCCUUUUGCAACGACUUGGGCCUCUCCUUGGAGCGCAUGGUGGAGGCCGAGCUUUGCCGGACCCAGCUCCUACGAGGCUUGCGCUCCUUGGGCUUUCAACGAGAUGCCGAUGGCAACGCCGGAGAUUGGCACAUCGUGAGAGCUGCCGUGGUAGCGGGACUCUAUCCGCAAGUGGUCAGCGUGGAGCGCCCCACACCCAAGUUCGCGGAAAGCCUGGCGGGCGCCAUCCAAAUCGAGAGCGACGCGCGGGAAGUUCGCUACUGGCUCUCGGAAGACGGCGGGCGUGCGCGGGCCUUCCUGCAUCCAUCCUCGUUGCUCUUCAAGGAGAGCUCUUAUUCGUGCCCCUACAUCAUCUUCUCCGAAAAAACGAUUCAGCAACAGAACAACCCCGAGCACCCCACGAAGCUGGUCCUCACCGGCUGCUCGGAAGCCUCGGUCUAUGCCUUGCUUCUCUUCGGCGGCCACCUCACCGUCGAUCACCAGCAGGUGGAAGUCACCGUGGACGGUGGCCGCGGCGGGCGCUUCGCCGGUGGCAGCACCACGGUGGUGGCCAUGCUGCAGCGCUUGCGGCAGGCCAUCGACGCUCUACUGCUGCAGAAGGUCCAUUCGCCCUCCAGCUCCAUCAGCGGCGCCAAAGCAGCGCAGUGCGUGGUGACGUUGCUCAGUACCGACGGCUUAGGGCCUGAGACGGAGAAGAAAUGAAGAA